UAGUGCGUCUCUCCUUUCUUUUCUUUUCUUAUUUUCUUCCUUUCUUUCUUUCUUUCUUCCUUACUCUAUUUUUUCUCUUCCAUAGGUCGGAAUGUCAGGUUUCAUACCAACGUGCUACGCAUGCAGCAUGGCCGGACACAUCGGAUGGGAAUGUCCCAAUCCCCCGCAUGGCGGAGGAGUGAACAACUAUUCAGGAGCGGUGGCUAAUACACAGCCGGUGCAACCACUUCUGACGCUGUCGGCGCCCCCUGGUGUGGGAGGGCAAGUUCAGCCGACACAAUACCAGGCUUCAAGGUCAAACAACUACUACCCGAGAAUGGGGGAGAGGGUUGAAAAGAUCGAAACGAUUGUCGGAAGGCUGGACGCGCGGGACCGACAACGGCAGGAAAGGGAGGAGCAAGCAAACAGGAAGCGUGAAGAAGAAGAGAACAGGGAGAUUCGGGAGAAGGAAUGUAAGGAGCUGGAAGAGACCAUAGGAGCUCAAAUGGAGGCAAAACUUAAGAGUAUGUAUGAGGUAUACUUUGGAAAGAGGAAGGAGGAGGAUGGCGAGAUUGACAAAUUGAAGAAGCAAAUGGAGCAGCAACAGGCGGCAUCAACUAGUCAAGGCAAGAUCGUGAUGCAGGGAGAGACGGACAGAGAGAUUGCAAGAAGGCAGCUGGAAGACUUACGUCGGCGGGAGGGAGACUUGUUAAGGACGUGUAAGGCAACGCCAGGAAGAAUCUCGAGCAAUGCGAAGGAGGUGAAUGAUCGAUAUCAGUUUAUCAAAGAGCAGAGAAAGGAAUUGGGUAAGAAGAAUAAGGCGCAACCGAUGGAGAUUUGUGAAAAGAUGGGGAUUACGUACAAGAAAAUUGACGUCACGGUGGAGGAAAUCGUGGAGCGGCGGGUGAUUGAUGUGUUUGGCAGCUUCGACUCAGCAAGGAUGCGUAUGGCAAGAGAGAAACCGGAUCAAGAAAAGGUAGAGGGGGAUGGAACCAGUGACGAUUUCGUGGAGGUGCAUGAGGUGCAGUCAGAUUAUUAAUGACGGUACCCGGACGUGACACUAAGGAAAUUAGCAGCGCAGAUUGGGAGUGAGCGUGUCUUCAGCAUACGUAACCCAACACUAUG